GUCACCUUUGAUCUGUGUUACAAUUAUGAGGGGUCCUUGGUAAAUGUUCUCAGCUGUAAGGGGUCCCUGGCCCCAAAAAGUUUGAGAACCCCUGAGUUACACCAUUAGGGGGCGCCUGUGAGUCAGGGGCAAAACAACUCAGAAGUUUUGUGAGAGGAAGAAUGUUGUUGUUGUUGAGAGAAGUUAGAGAAAGAAGCGUCAGUAUCCCAAACAGCUGAGAUGGAGUUUUGUGUAAUGUACAUCUUUAAGUAAAUGAAAGAAGAAAAUCGUCCUCCCAGCGUCCGCGUGUGUAUCCGGCUGCAACAGAAACCAUGUUUUGCAUUCCUUAGUGGUUGCCUAUGAGGGGGGACUACUUUCCUCUGGUCUGUUGAAAUAGAUUCUAAUGUCCAUCUUUCUUUUCUUGCCUGCUGACAUCCUCAGACAUGAGUGCACCAUCAACACUAGUGAAACCUGCAAGGGAAACAGCCUACAGAGAGCUAAGCCAAUCAAAAAACAGACCGGUCUCAAAGACGUAUUUGGGAGGCUGAAGUGGGAAAGGAUGGAACCCUUUGUGUGCCGCAUGAAGCACAUUUUUCCCCCUUCAACCUUAAUAAUGGUGGGAACUUUUCAGCCAUCGUUUGGGAUUAGUAGGGACACGUCCAUACAGUCCAUACAUAAUUCUACGCCACUGUCUGUCACUGUCUGUCACCAGCUAUUGGUUAUACUAGCAAGCCAUUCAUUUCUCUUCUGUUAGGUCUGAAAAUAGUCUGACAGAUUUUAUUUUAAAAAGUAAUUUCUAUAAGUUUUCUGUCCAUCGUAAAGAAAUACACUUUUUGUUUCAGAGACUUGAGUUAUCAAGUUUCUUAACAGACUACAGUCACAUAUGGAAGUGGAAACGGGGCAGAGCUAUACUGAGACAAGGAUCAGCACUGAGAGGUGUUGACAUGUCGUCUGAAAGUGAAAGUUAGUCUGAGUGUGAGCCGAGCUGCAGUCGUGUCCGCAGGCGAUCCGUCUUUCUUUGUUUCUACAGACAAAUUCAUCUGAAGUUUUUCUGAAACUGAACAUCAGAAUCUGUCCGUCACCGAUUAAGGAAAUGUCUGCUGCCAGCUGUCUUCAUACUGAGGAUCAGUUCCUGUGCUCCAUCUGUCUGGGUGUGUUCACUGAUCCUGUCACCUUAUCCUGUGGACACAACUUCUGUAAAACCUGCAUCACUAAUCACUGGGAUGUAAAUGUCCCCUAUAAGUGUCCCAACUGUCAAGAGUUCUUUUACAGAAGACCUGAGCUGAAGGUCAACACCUUCAUCUCUGAGAUGGUCGCUCAGUUCAGACAGUCAGCUCAACACGAAGCCAGCAGCAGCAGCUCAGAGCAACAAGUUUCCAAACCAGGAGAAGUUCACUGUGACAUCUGCACUGGAACCAAACUGAAGGCCCUGAAGUCCUGCCUGGUGUGUCUGGUUUCUUACUGUAAGACUCACCUGAAGCCUCACCUGACAACCACAGGUCUGAAGAAGCAUCAGCUGAUCGACCCUGUGGAGAACCUGGGAGGCAGGAUGUGUGAGAAGCACGACAAACUGCUGGAGCUGUUCUGUAAGAACGACCAGAUGUGUGUCUGCGUGCUGUGCAGCGUUACAGACCACAAGACACAUGAUGUUGUUCCUCUGAGAGAAGAAUAUGAAGGAAAGAAGGCCGAGCUGGGGAAGACAGAGGCUGAAAUUCAGCAGAUGAUCCAGAAGAGACGACUGAAGCUUGAAGAGUUCAAACAAUCAGUGGAGCUCAGCAGGAAGAAUGCAGACAGAGAGAUGGCAGAAGGUGUUCAGGUCUUCAGCGCUCUGAUGGAGACUGUUAAGAGACGCCUAAAUAAUCUGACGGACACGAUCAAAGAGAAGCAGAGAGAGACGGAGGAACAGGCUGAAGGCUUCAUCAAAGAGCUGCAACAGGAAAUCUCUGAGCUGGAGAAGAGAAGCUCUGAAGUGAAGAAGCUCUCACGCUCUGAAGACCACCUCCACCUCCUCAAAAACUUCAUGGCCCUGAACGCUGCUCCACCCACCAAGAACUGGACUGGAGUCAGAGUCCAUCCACCUUCAUAUGAGGGGACUGUGGUGAGAGCUGUGAAGCAGCUGGAGGAGACGCUCAGUGAACAGAUGAAGAAGCUGUUUGAGGCUGAGCUGAAGAGAGUCCAGCAGUAUGAGGUGGAUCUGACUCUUGAUCCUGAUACAGCAAAUCCUUAUCUCAUCCUGUCUGAUGAUGGAAAACAAGUUCAUUGUGGAGAUGUGAGGAAGAAUCUCCCAGACAAUCCAGAGAGGUUUGAUUAUUGUUGUAAUGUCUUAUCAAAGCAGAGUUUCUCUUCAGGCAGGUUUUACUUUGAGGUUCAGGUUAAAGGGAAGACUGGGUGGGAUUUAGGAGUGGCCAGAGAGUCGAUCAACAGGAAGGGACCAAUCACACUGAGUCCUCAGAACGGUUUCUGGAUGAUAUGGUCGAGGAAUGACAGUUGGUACUACGCUCUUUUUGUCCGUAGAGUCCGUCUCUCUCUGCAGUCUGGUCCUGAGAAGGUGGGGGUGUUUGUGGAUUAUGAGGAGGGUCUGGUCUCCUUUUAUGACGUUGAUACUGCAGCUCUGAUCUACUCCUUCACUGGAUGCAACUUCACUGAGAAACUCUACCCAUUAGUUAGAACAUUCCUCAAUUAUGGUGGAACAAACUCUGCCGCCCUGAUCAUCUCUCCUGUCCACAAAACUGAACUGUGAAAUGUGAUCCACAGUCUCCGCAAAGACAAAACCACACCGCACCUCUUGCAGCUUGUGUGUUACAGGUGACAUCUUGUGGUGUUCAGAGGUACUGCAGGUUCAUAGUCAGGACAACAUUUGCAAAAUGAUUGUGCAUCUUUUGUGACUGCUCAACUUAAAAAACAACUGUCUAAUUCACAAAACACCCACAAACUUCUGUGUGCUUAGAUGGGCUAUUAUUAUUCAGGGAAAAACUCGUCAAUUUCUGUGUUCAUGAGUCUCAUUAAACUAAAAAAUAUUAGAAGUGUAGGACAAAUAACGAAUGAACAGUGUAUAUGAAAAAAGUGAUUUGUUUUCCUGACAUUAAAAUAAAGUAGUGUGAAGUUUU